GGAUCAGAGAGAGCUAAAACCUCCAUUGUUACACACGCACGCACAGGGAGAGAGAGAGAGAGAGAGAGAGAAGGGAUGGGGAAGGUGUCGAAGGGCUCGAGGAAGGGCAAGAAGGCGUGGAGAGCCAACAUUAGCACGGAGGACAUCCACGACUUCUUCGAGAAGUCCACGAAGGACGCUCUCUCCGGCGGAUCUCUCGCCGCCGUCCCUAGCGAGUCUCUCUUCUUCGUCGAUAAGGCCAGAGAUCUUUCGGUAAAGCGUAAAAUUGAGAAGCAAAGGGAAAAGGUACUUCGGACUGACAGUGUUCUUCAGAAGAACCCCUUUGUCCAAGCAGUCCCCUCUACUGUCAGUAAGAAAUCCAGAAAGAAAAGAAAAGAAGUUGUGAACAAUGGUGGUCAAGGUGAUAACGAGGAUGCUUCUGUCUCAGUUUCUGGUAUGGUUGACUUGUGGGCAGAUAAAUUUGAUGGCAAGCUCAAGAAGAAACCCAAGCAUUCAAUUAUUCCAGCUGUAGAAGUUGAGCCUCCCGGCUGUUCAUUCAAUCCAUCCUUUGAGAGCCACCAGGAUUCUCUGGCAUGUGCUGUUGCAGACGAGAUGCAGAAAGUCUAUAAACAUGAGUUGGGUCCUGAACCUGUUCCAUUAACCGUGCAAGGUGAAGUUAUUGAUGAGGAAGAUAUGUAUUUCUUGGAGGCUGAUAAUGGGGGUGAUGAUGAUUCAAGCUUGGAAAAUCUGGAUGGUGAUGAGAAUAAAGCAACCGAGAAUAGGUCAUCCAAAUCAAAGCCUGUGACACGUGUUGAACUGAAUCGGAGAGCAAGACGUAAGGACUUGCUGAAGAAGGAAGCAGAAACAAAGAAGAUUGAUCAACUGUCCAAGGAAAUAGACAGCUUACCAGAUAUUAUUCAAGAAAUUGCGAAAGAGGAUGAGGAGAAGCAAAGACGGCAUCUCCGACGUGUUGUUGCUCAGCAAGAAAGAGAAAAGUUGCGUCCACCACGCCUGGGAAAGCACAAAUUUGAACCAGCACCUAUGCAAGUACUGUUGUCUGAAGAAAUCACCGGUUCCCUCCGCCAGCUGAAAGGUUGUAGCACUCUAGCAAAGGAUCGAUUUAAAAGCCUCGAGAAAAGGGGACUGGUUGUUCCAACAGCCAGAAACAGAAGAAGCCGAAGGUGAGCAGUGAGCCGAUCUCCAUCUAGCAGGAGAAGCUUCUGUCUUGGGACGGUGGACCAAACCUGAGGACAAAGCCUGCGUCUCGCUUUGAGCUUGAGUACAGAGCCAUCACCGAUGUUAACCUUCUCUUUUUGGGGUAGGUGAAGAUGUUUUAAGUUUCUAAUUUUGUUUAGAUCAAUCUGCAUAUUGUAUAGUAAUGUAUUUAAUAUGAAUUGAAAUCAUUAUCCAUCUUAAUAACAAAAAAUUUCCCAUUAA